CCAUGUGCACACAAUGACGUCGCUACGCAAGUCUGUCUGAGUCCUCCGCUGUUUGUAUUAGUCUUCAGUUGGACGCCUUCAACAAUCUAGUAGCGAUGUGCAUGUAAACAGAAAGCAAACGACAGGACGUUUCGGUGAAGUCGCUGUUGAAUGGUAUACGCGUACAUUGCGCUGUCGUUCAGGAUUUCGCGUCAUGAGCGCGUCAGUGAGCGGUGCGUUCAGCUGUCACAACUGAAACUAGUACAUGCAAGGAGGCGCAACACUGGGAAUACUUCUAGACACAAAUUAACGGCACGGUUAAGUGUCAUUUGCUCCGUGUUGUCCAUUGGAUUACUAGUGACCAGCGGUAGAUAUAACUGUCACAACUGGAUGUCGUAAUUACGGUUUAUCAAAUGAUCCAGGUAUGGAGACUAAAAGCUACCAAAGUUACCGCGAAGGGGCAAAUGCAGAAAACAAAUUGGCACAGAUGCCGAACACCAUGGAUUAUUGCUGUUCUGCAGAAGAGCAUUUGACAAACAGUGACAUGCUCAUGGAUAAUGUUAACUCGAGCAAUGCCCCUAACAUGCCGUCUGUCUGCAAGGACAACAACUUUAAAACUACAGAGACAACGAUGCUUAGAGUUAACCAGAAUCAACCAUUACUAUUUCCCUCCUUCAACAACUCCUUCCAAAACCGUAAGUCAGAAACAGACUCAAAGGAGCUUUCUAAAACUGUUGCUGAGUCUAUGGGCUUGUACAUGAAUGCUGCCAGGGAAGCAGACUUUGGCUUUUCCCAACAAGGGACUGCAGGAGGGCAGGGUAGCCCACAGAAACUGUAUCCUCUUUCUGGGAGAGCAAAUGAAGACAGCCAGUCCAGAACGACUGGGAGCCCAAAGAUGAAAGCUCCCCCAGCUUCAUUCCCACCUGGGGCCCAGCUACCCAAUGGUCGCCCUCAGGAGUGUGCUGUGGUCUCUGCCUCAGUGCCCUCUGCAAUGGCCGCCACUCUUUCAUGCAGCACUGAUGGGUCUGGGCCCAUGUCUAGUCCUACCGGACACAACAUGGUGUCGUCGACUACCAGCCCCACCUUCUUUGACUCUGAUUGUCCGUCACUGGCUUCUACCCACACCAACUUGAUCCAAGGUCAACACACCAGCCCUAACACCUGUAGCCCUGUAAAGUCCAGCAUAGUGGGGUCACCUGCACUAGCUAGUCCGCUAAGUGUAAUGAAGUCUCCAGUUUCCAGCCCUCAUAGUAUAGGUAGUGUGAGCUCGCCGCUUUCCUGUAACACCAACAUAAGGUCAUCCGUCUCAAGCCCAAUAACAAAUGGAGGCAAUACCUGUAACAUUAGACCAUCCAUCUCCAGUCCACCCACCGUUGGCAGCAUGACCAUGUCCAGUCCCAGGAACUCAUCCAGGGGCUUCUCUGUCUCUAGCCCUCCAAGUGGAUUGGGCCUAGUGCAAAAUGAUGUCAACAGCCCUGAGAGCCGAGAGCAUGACUUCAAGGGAUUUGAGUUCCCGAAGGUAGAGAAUGUGGAUGGGGAAAUAUUUAACAUUGGCUUGGAUGCUAUGGGAGUGGCCAAAUAUAUCAAAAACGAACCUGGCACUGAUUACAGGAGUAUGUGCCUAGGCAGCAGCAAGAACUCCAUGCCACAUUCUCCUUUCGUAACUCACAUUAAAACAGAGCCAAACAGAGAGGUGACAUGUUCGAACCUCCAGUUUGUGGAGUCGCAGCACUCUCUAGGCUGCUUUCCUUCUACAGAGACCACAUACUUGUCUUUGAGGGAUAAUAUUGACGAAUAUAGUCUUUCUGGGAUCUUGGGACCUCCUGUUUUGUCUCUGAAUGGCAACUAUGAACCUGGUGUGUUUCCUAACAAUGGCCUGCCCAAGGGGAUUAAACAGGAAACCAGUGAUGGCAGCUAUUACCAAGAAAAUAAUAAUGUGCCCACGUCGGCUAUUGUUGGCGUUAAUUCAGGUGGACAUUCAUUUCAUUACCAGAUUGGAGCGCAAGGAACAAUGUCGUUUUCACGCCAUAAUCUGAGGGACCAGACAAACCCCUUGUUGAAUCUAAUUUCUCCAGUUACUGGAUUAAUGGAGACGUGGAAAACUCGCCCUGGCCUGUCACAGGGGCCUCUCUCUGCCAGAGGGGAUGGCUAUCCAGGCUCAGUCUGCCUUACAGAAAACAUGGAAAGUGCAUCUGUGAGACACACAUCAUCAACAGCCAAAGUGUGUCUGGUGUGUGGAGACGAAGCGUCAGGAUGUCACUACGGGGUUGUUACAUGUGGAAGCUGUAAAGUUUUCUUCAAAAGAGCAGUAGAAGGACAGCACAACUACCUUUGUGCUGGGAGGAAUGAUUGUAUCAUUGACAAGAUUCGGAGGAAAAACUGUCCAGCCUGCAGAGUACGGAAGUGUCUACAAGCUGGGAUGAAUCUGGGGGCACGGAAGUCGAAGAAGUUGGGGAAGAUGAAGAGUGUUGGCGAGGAUUCUUCCCUGCAGAACUCAAAGGACGGGCUUCCGUUUCUGACCUCGGAGAAAGAGUUGAGCUCGGUCAGCACUCUUGUCCCCCAUGUCCCCACAGUAGCACCGUUUCUGUCACCAUCCGUGUGUAGCGUCCUGGAGCUCAUUGAGCCUGAAGUGGUGUUCGCUGGCUAUGACAAUACACAGCCUGACACAACCGACCACCUGCUCACCAGCCUCAACCACCUGGCCGGCAAACAGAUGAUCCGAGUGGUCAAGUGGGCCAAAGUACUUCCAGGUUUUCGCAGUCUACCCAUUGAGGACCAAAUCACGCUGAUCCAGUAUUCCUGGAUGUGUCUCUCCUCCUUCUCCCUCAGCUGGAGAUCCUACAAACACACCAACGCCCAAAUGCUCUACUUCGCCCCUGACCUCGUCUUCAACGAGGAACGUAUGCAGCAGUCAGCCAUGUAUGAUCUGUGUGUGGGCAUGCGGCAGGUGAGCCAGGAGUUUGUCCGUCUACAGCUAACUUAUGAGGAGUUCCUUGCCAUGAAGGUUCUGUUGCUGCUCAGCACAGUGCCCAAAGAUGGUCUGAAGAAUCAAGGGGCAUUUGAGGAGAUGCGGGUGAAUUACAUCAAGGAGCUCCGCCGCUCAGUUGGGAAAGCCACUAACAAUUCCGGCCAGACGUGGCAGCGAUUUUUCCAGCUCACCAAGCUUUUGGACACAAUGCAUGAACUCGUGGGGAGCCUGUUGGACUUUUGUUUCUACACUUUUCGUGAAUCCCAGGCUCUGAAGGUCGAGUUCCCUGAGAUGUUGGUGGAAAUUAUCAGCGACCAGAUACCAAAGGUGGAGUCGGGCCUAACACACACCCUCUACUUUCACAAGAAAUGACUGAAAGCUCACAAAAGGAGGGAAAAAUGAAGGAUCAAAUGAGAGGAAACGCAGAGGACACCCAGCCCUCAGAGAGCGAACAAGAGCAAGCCCGCUAUGCACAAAGCAAGGCGUAACAAGAGGCUUGGUUUAAAGCCAUAUAAGGCUUGUGUAGUGAGGGAAGGCAAAGAGCGAUCUCUGUACCCGGCCAACAGAGAAGAACUCAUAUUUCAUGCGACAGUGCGUUCCUUAUCCCCAAAGACAAUGCUGACAGUGUUCUGAGUGGAUAUGAAGCCAUAUUCUUUGGUAAAACUAUAGUGCAUAGUCACGUGAGAAUACAUGACACUCACAUACUAGACAUAUCCUUGACUCCCAGACCUGUCAGUAAACACCAUUGCAUUUGUAUGUAACUAUACUACAAUCUGGCGCUCAUAAAAUCACAGGCAAGAUUCAGUAAUAAAACUGCUUUUUAUUGCUGAUAAAGACAGAAAUAUGUCCUGCAUCACUUUCAUGAAAAGUCGAUUAAAUUAGGGUGUUUGCAAAGAGGAAAUAAGAUAUAUUACAAGGGCUACAAUAUGUUAAAUAUAGCUAAAUUUUGACUAAUUGGUGCACAGAUGUAAUUGUACAAAGAAUCAAAUUGAAACAAAAAAAUGGCAUAAAUGUGUAUUUUGAUGACUUGAAGUGUUUACAUAGUGAGUACUGGCCACGCUGAUGCAGUGCUGUGGUGGCCUCAUGAUUGAUAAGCUGAAAAAUGGCAGCUCCAAAAAAUUAAAAAAAAAACCCAGACUCUGCAAUACAACAAAUAUUAUAGCUUGUUUUGAAAAAAAAAACAUUGAGCUCAUGCAGACACAUGCCACAUUUUGUGCGUGAGCUUGGACUGUAGCAAAUUUAGUAAAUCAUACCUAAGCUGUUACUAAACCGGCUCCCUUUUGACGCUAAAGAAAAAAAUUCCAGAAACGAAAAGCAUUUUCUAUGAUUGUGAAGUUUUUGUGUUUCAAAGAAUCAGUCCAGCUAGAAGCCAUUUUCUAACAAGGUGCUUCUGUUUUCUUAACAUAAAUAGUAGGGGAUUUUCAGUAGCAGCACAUGUACAGUUAGAUACCGUAUGGGGAAAAAAUUCAGCUUUUCUGAAGCAUACAGCUUUCGUAUUAGUAAACAACAAUAACAGCUAGUCCACGUAGUAGUCUAUUGUAAGAAAGAGACAGGGUUACGCAGACUAAUAACAACAGUAACCUGCUCAUAAACACACAAUAUAUGUGUAUCAUGUGAUUAUAAUAGUUGCUUGUAGGAAUAUUUUUCAAACGUUGUACAUAGGAAGUUUUUUAAUUAAACCACCUUGCAAUUAAAACCUGGCUAUUUGGGGGAAAUACCAGUCGACUUGAGAGUACUUGAGUGGAUUGUUUCUCAAAAAAGGAAUUUGGACCACUGUUUCAUGUUUCAUAACCCCACUGUGCUACUGAUGGAAUAAAAAGAGGUGCCGCUAGUUCUCCAAUGCUGUGAGUCAGAGGACAAUGAAGGUUUGAGUGUGUUUCGUGCGUUUGUGUGCAUGUAUUUGUUUUUCUGUUUUUCUUUAAGGCACAAGAAAGCUACAUGAUUUUUAAGAGGGCAUUGUUGGUUUUCUCUGAUAGGAUUAGAAUGAUCCUAUUGGCUGAUUUUGAUUUGCACAGACACAAUAAUGUGAUAAUUGGGAUAUUAGAUGUUCUGCUAUUGUGUUGGUUAUGUAAUGUGCUUUGGGGGGUGGAGUGGGGGUCAGGUUGGGACAUUUGUGAACUGGAAAGGUCAGAGAACUUUUGAUGUUUGCUUUUUUGAUGUAGCUGGUUGGUGGUAAAAAAAAAAGACAAAAAAAUAAACAAAAAUCAUAAUUCUACUCAUUUAAAUAAGAACAAUCAAAUCAAUCUGUGGUACCCAGGCAUAACCCAUUUCACCGACCUGUCAAUACACUGUACGUUGAACGUUUUUGAUGGACCUAAAACUAGAUGUCGCAAAGGUAUUUACAGUAGUCUCUUUUUUUCCAACCUUUCCCUUUUUUAAAUACACAGAUAUAUAAAUGAGAAUAAAUGUUAAAAGGUUCAUAGGAUGUAUGUGAAGUAUUUUUGAGAGAUUCUAUUUUGCUGGACUCAAUAUAUUAGUAAUUUGUCUAAAAAGAAUAUAUGAGAUCUUUUGUAAAGUGAAAUGUUUAUGCAUGCUUUUUGAAAAGAUGUUUACAGUGUAUUUAAGAAGGGAAACUUGUGCCUUUUUUCUCAAAAGUUACCAUUUUACAGUAUCUAUUGUAAAUAAAUCAGUGAAUUAUGAUGUUGCGUUGUAUGGAACAUUUCUAUAGUAAAUAUUUGUCAGAGGCUGUUCACAUAUUUCCCUGACUGCCCUUAGUCAAUCAGAAUCCAGAGCAUGAUGGGUAUGCAUUUAAUUUAUAUUUACUUUUCACAGUAAGAGAGAGACUUGUUUACUCCCCGAAUGUCACUAACUCAAAACUUGUCAUUUUGAUCUGUAGUAAUGUGAACUAAUUGUAUGUUUUUGUUUUCCACUUCGCUUCGCCUACAAAUCUAACAAAAAAAACACAACACAGUGCUCUCAUCAGAGGUUAGCUAUAUUAUGCUGAAAGGAAAAGUACUUGUGGUUGCCAAACAUUUUUAUCCCAGAUUUAAAAUAAUAAUAAUAAAUAAAUAUAUAAAUAAAAUCAAACCAAGAAGAAGAAAAAAAAAAAAACAUUCACACUGAAUUUCUUAGUUUUGCACUCUUAAAAAAGUUUUUUUUUUUUUUGUGUUUCACAAGUUGUUGUGAACCAACAAUGCUCUAUAUUAUUAUUAUUAUUAUUCUUUAUACGGUAUAUGAAAAAAUUAAGGCAUUUUUUAAAUAGUAUAAAACAAAUUCAACCUUUAUGUAAGAAAACCUAAAUAAAGAACUAGGACAGGGAGCAAAAUUGAACCUGAACAGUCUGAUUCAGAUGAAUUCAGAUGUCCAUCAGCAACUGAAGAAUAGAUUGCCAUGCUUGUUGCAGCAUGUUUGCAAUUUGUGUUUCUCCAUCACCAAAUGAUAAAGCUUGAAAUAUUGUUGGUGUGGAUCCAUGCUUUUGAGUUGCUUGUUCCUUCAACUUUGACAGUCUGCACAUGACUUUUUAGACGUGUUUUUGGGGAGUCUAAUAACAUGUAAAACUAUGCAUUUGUACAAAUCACAUUACCACCAAGCAGCACCUUUUUGCAAAAUAAGGGCAAAGCAUGUUCAAGGUAAGCAGUAUGUUGAAUCAGAAUAAAAUACAGCUUAUUAGUGAAAACCCACAGAUCACAUGUUGUGUUUGCACAUUAACACUCAUGUGUUAAUGGAUUUUUUUUUUUUUUUUUUUUUAGGAGGGAUAAAUCUCUACAUUGCUCUACAUUGUUUAAAGUGACAAAGCCAUAUCUCUUUUGUGACAAAAGAGCAUUUCCUGUUCAUUUUUUUGAUUUUUCCCUUUUUUUAAAAAUCAGCUGUUUGUACAAAACUUGUUAGCAAAUCUCCUCAGUACGGAAAUAUACAACAUGAGCAAAAGACAGAUGCAACUAGUUCCUCUAAACUGUAUAUCUUGAUGCAGAUUUUGCCAUAACUGUGUUUGCAGAAACAUCAAGGGAUUCCAAUAAACCUCUUAACAAUUAA